CGGAGGCAUCAGUGGCGCAUCUCACGUCACCGCUGCUUGAAUAUAACGGCUGCUUUAGGAUGUGAACGGGUCUCGGCCUCGGCACCGGUCAAAGCUUCUGUUUUCCCAUGACAAACAGCUGCGAGAAGAGAGCGACCGUGCGCGAGAGUGAACGGUACAGGGGAGCGGAGAGAUCCUCGGUAUUAUUAUGAGAGAAGAGGACGGGGUUGUCGGAGCCGUAUUUGUUUUGCUCGCGGAGAUGAGGCGGGGGGUAGCGAGUCGCUACAACAUCGUUGGGCUCCGGCCAAGCAUUACACUGUUUUAGCACAUAUAUACCGCCGCGCUUGCGUUUUCAUCGUCAACUGACUCGUUCGAUCGUUAGGGUUUGCAUCGCAGAAAAUAAUGCAGCUGUCUCGAGGACAUCUGUGAGAUUCGCGGACUGCUGUUGCCGCUGUCAUGACAGACGCAGGCUCUACCGAGCAGGCGGUGUGAGAGAAGCACGGCCCCAGCUGCAGCAGCACGGCCGAUGUGGGCUGUGUUUACCGGGGGAGAUUAAAUCUGUAAAUACUGUUCGCGUUAUUCCUCUUUAAUCGUGUGCAAUCUCAGGGAAAAUGUCCUCUCGGUCUGCUUUACCGUCUGCGAACGACCGGAGCACAGAUCAUCAUGCGUCUUUGGUGGCGAGUCGUUCAGAGAAGGGAACAAAUGUGUCGAGUCGUUCACUGGGUGCAAGAUGUCGAAACUCCAUGGCCUCUUCCUCAGACGAGCUGCCACACAUCGGAAAUUACCGGCUCCUCAAAACCAUCGGCAAGGGCAACUUUGCUAAAGUCAAACUAGCCCGCCACAUCCUCACGGGCAAAGAGGUCGCAAUAAAGAUCAUUGACAAGACUCAGUUGAACCCAACCAGCCUACAAAAGCUGUUCAGAGAGGUGCGGAUCAUGAAGACUCUCCGUCACCCCAACAUUGUCCGACUCUUUGAGGUUAUUGAAACAGAGAAGACGCUUUAUCUUGUGAUGGAAUAUGCAAGUGGAGGUGAGGUGUUUGACUACCUGGUGUCUCAUGGGAGAAUGAAAGAAAUAGAGGCUAGAGCCAAAUUUAGACAGAUUGUGUCAGCUGUUCAUUACUGUCAUCAGAAGAAUAUAGUUCACAGAGAUCUGAAGGCAGAGAAUUUGCUUUUGGAUGCAGAUGCUAACAUAAAGAUAGCAGACUUUGGCUUUAGUAACGAGUUUACAUUGGGGAAUAAGUUGGACACCUUCUGCGGUUCCCCACCUUACGCAGCUCCGGAGUUGUUUCAAGGAAAAAAGUAUGAUGGGCCAGAGGUGGAUAUCUGGAGCCUGGGGGUCAUCCUGUACACACUGGUCAGCGGGUCACUUCCUUUUGAUGGACAGAACCUCAAGGAGCUGCGUGAGCGAGUGUUGAGGGGGAAGUACCGUGUGCCCUUCUACAUGUCCACAGACUGUGAGGGGAUUCUGCGCAGGUUUCUUGUGCUCAAUCCCAGCAAACGUUGCACUCUAGAGCAAGUGAUGAAGGAUAAGUGGAUGAAUGCAGGGUAUGAGAGCGAUGAGCUAAAGCCUCACAUUGAACCAUCGGAGGACUACAGUGACCCCAACCGCAUUGAGAUUAUGGUCGGGAUGGGUUUUACCACAGAAGAGAUUAAAGACUCUUUACUCAAUCAGAAAUAUAAUGAAGUCACGGCUACAUAUCUAUUGUUGGGCCUGAAGACUGAGGAUGGUGCUGAGUCAAGAGUUAGUGGCAGUAUGACUUUGCCGCGUGUACGUCCAAGCCCAAUUACCAAUGGAACCAACAAACACUCAUCUUCUUCAUCAUCUUCCUCGUCCUCACACAGCAAGACUCAGCGCAGCGCCUCUACCUACCACCGCCAGCGACGGCACAGUGACUUCUGUGGUCCCAGCAUGCCUGUGAUGCAGCCUAAGCGUAGCCCAACCAGCGGCGGAGACCGUGACCUGCGUGAGAGCCGCAUGCCACCGAGGAAGGCCAGCUGUAGCGUAAUGGGCAGUCGGACCCUACCACCUUCUAGUCCAAUGGUCAGCACCGCCAACAACCCUAAUAAGGCUGAGAUACCUGAUCGACGCAAGGAGAUGACCGCCACCACUAACAAUAUUCCAGGAAGUACUAUGACCCGAAGAAACACAUACGUAUGUACAGAUCGUUCCAACACUGACCGUCACACACUGCUGCAGAAUGGCAAAGACAACAGCUCCCUGUCUCACCGCCUCCCUCCCACCUCUCCUUCCACUCUCAGUAUUGUCGGAGCAGGAGCAUCCUCCUCUUCUUCCUCAGGUGAGCGCUGUCGGCUGACACGUGGAUCCACCAUCCGGAGCACCUUUCAUGGGGGUCAGCUCCGUGACCGUGUCCCACCCACCUAUGGACCUCCGCCCACGUCGCCCACCCUCAGCCAUGAUGCUGGAGCCCUGCCACCCAAUGCCCGCAGCCGGGCCACUUCUAACCUGUUCAGCAAACUCACCUCCAAACUCACACGCAGGGUCACAAAUGAAUCUGAGGGAGUCAGCAGAUCUUCGGUCACAGGUGGCCAUUUAUCUGGGGAUCAGAAAGCGUCCGAGCCCUGGAGCGGGGGAGGGGGGUGGGAUGUAAGGGGCUAUCUCUCCCGUCCCCCCCGGGCCCCUGCAGAAGUGGUACUGGCCUUGCGUGAGGCGGCGAGGGGAUGCGGCUGCCAGGUCCGGCACGCUGGCCCAUUUCUGCUGUGCUGCAGUCAUGGGGCGGCAGGGUCAAAGGUCGCUUUUCAAGCUGAGGUGUGCCAACUGAGUGUGGGUCCCACAGAGGCAAACGGAGUACGCUACACACGCCUGUGGGGGGCCCCCCUCGCCUUCAGGCACAUCGCAUCUCAGAUCUCUAAAGAGGUGGAGCUCUGAGGGGACAGGGGAGGAGACUUGAAUCUGAGACGUCCCCUCACUAUAUCCAUCGUUAUAGCGAACUGAUGUUGACCCACCCACUUAUAUGUUAUAGACUGAUCCCUCCUCCAGUCAACACUCGACAAAAAACGAAACUAAACACACAUUCACAUAAACAAACAGUCACCUUAAAAGCACGGCACACUCAAACCUGACAAUAAAGAAAUCUGAAGUACAAAAACAUGCACAACAUAAGCCUGAGUGGAAACACACACACACACACACACAUUCUGAUUCUGAACAGCCUCAUUCACUGGAUCUGGAUUGAAUCCAGUUUAGUAUUUUUAUUCUCAUUCUAGUCAUGAAAUUCUUACUUAAAUAACUGAUGUCAUUCUUUUUUUAACCACUUUUGUAUGUUUUCAACAAGUCUUGACAUUUUAAACGGGUCAUCAUUUUUAUGUUUUCGUGAUUUAAUGUGUCUUGCAUUUCUUAAUGCUGAGUCAAAAGCAUUGAAUCAUUGACAAUGUAGGAUUGUAGCUGCCAAUGAACUAUUUGCACAAAUGUGAAGUUGGCAAACUUAUCCUAACUUCAUCACAGCUCACAGAGCCCACACAAAUCUACAUUGCUGGCGACCGCAAAUUUGUUCAGGCUGUAAGCCAACCAUCUACACUUUGUUCUUGAAAUAGUCCAAGCUAAAGUUUUGUUCCCUAGAAAAUCUGUUUUUGUGAUGUAUAGUGCCAGUUUACUUGCGUCCUACCAAUUUUAAUUUAGAAUAGCCUUUUAAUGCCAAAUGACUUUCCCUGACCCUUCACAAACAGGCUCUGUGAUUGGUUGGUCAUAGAUAUUAAUCCUUUAUUUAAAAUCCUAUUCAGUGAUGCUUUGCAAAUAACGUCACCUCUCCCUUUACCCAGUAAGAGUAGAGUAGAGGGUACCACAAAGGUGAUUUUACAGAGUGAGGUGGUUUUAGUUUUCAGUGUUAUUAAAGACACGUUUCCUGCAUUGAAGAUAUCUGAAUAAUUUUGAAAAAGACCUAUUGGACAGUGGAUCCUAUUGGAUGUAAUUUGAUUGUAAAACAAAUUGCAAUUUAUGUAUUCAGUGAAAAAAAAUUCAUGACAUUAUUCCAUAGUCAUUCAUUAGCACGUUAGUGUUUUUCACAAUAUAUAUAUAUUAGUGCUGUCAAUCGAUUAAAAAAAAUUAACUAAUUAAUCGCACAAUUUUUAAAAAUUAAUCGUGAUUAAUCGCGAUUAAUCGCAAUUAAAAGACUGAAACUUUUUGGAUAUGUAAAUGUAAAAUGUUAAUAAUUAAUGUAAACUCAAGACAAAGAAACUAUUUAAAUUCAAAAUAUGAUUGUUUAUUGGAAUUUUUGUUUAACUUGUAACACAGAUUUUCUCAUGUAAACAACAUACCUGCAAUAAACCAUCAAUAUCCUCCAAAUUAACUGUUGGCUUGAAAGCCAUAUUUAUUACAGAAAUAAAAACACAGAAAUGUAAGUACCAUUUGAAUUUCAAAACAAUCAAUGCCAAUAAAAAACAAAAAUGAUUUCCAUGUUGAAUUCUGAGUGGACUGCAAAAAAAUUCCAAAGUAUAGUCAUUGCCAGUGCUUUAAGUGGGCCGGUACGCACCAGUACUCAGUACCGCCACUUCCAAAUAUAGCUCUUGAGCGUACCGCCACCUCUCCGUGCGCACAGAACGUGCUUUUAGCGUACCGGUACGCUCAUUUGGACAUCUGUUUUAAUAGAGGUUUUAAUCUUUUACCUGCACUGCCGAUUUUCAGAGCGCCCUUCACAAUGCAAGCUUCCUAAUUCAUCCCACCCAGAGCAGAAACUACAUUACCCAUUCACCCUUAAGUUACACAAGUGAAUAUAUAGCGCAUGUGUCGCUUUUCCCACUGUUAAGUGUCAACAACUCAACGUGCCCGGAGAAGGUGUGUGAAACUCGUUGUGAGUUAUACUAAAGCAAAAUCUUGAGUAUUUAUUGUCUGAUAAACAUUAAAAACUGUCUGCGGAGGUUGAGUCGUCCUGCAGCCCCCGCUGGCUGCUCAUUGGCUGCAGCAUCUUUUUUCUAAGUUCUAAACAAAUACCGUAGACGGCAAGGCACAAAUUUAGAUAUUCAUUUAUCUAAUUAAUCUAUAGCCUAUGCACAAAGAUAAUAUGAUCUUUUUGUCCCCUUUUUGUUUUAUAGCUUGAUGAAGAGAGAGAGCGCAAGUUGCUGCAGCUGAGUAGGACAGUGAUGCACGUGUACAGGAGUGAUUGACAGUUCGCGGCACUGUGUACAAAAAAUACUCCGCUACACAAUUAUUUCGUUAUUUUAAUGUUGCUGUUUCUUGUGGCAGACUGAAUGAAGAGUAAUGUUUCUUGUGGCAGACUGAAGAGUAAUCCGGCAGAGUUUUAUACUGAAACUUUCCGUCUAAAAGUCCUUCCUUGGUCUUAUCCAUAUUUCUUUGCACGUUGAACACACAUAGGCCACAACUGGAAAUAAAAAAAACUGCAACCGCGUUAA